UUGACUUGAUACAAGGUUAGUGAUAAGUGCCUUCAUUUACAUGCCACAGACCUGGAGAAUCGGAACAAUAACCAUGAGACGUAAUAGAAUCACAGUUUGUUGGAAGCAUAUAAUUGCAUGGAUUUUUGCACAGUAACUUUCAUUGUGCUACAGUCACAUAUUGUCUAUAAAUAAGCACACAUCUACACAAAGACUUCUCAAUCCAGUCACUCAGCAAACGUCGAUUGUUCUUUAACUACAGUAUAAUGUGGAUGAUGUGGCUUUGAAAGAGAACAGAUUUAUUUCAGGAACAGACUGGGUGCAUCGUCUAGAACUUUUCAGACCAUGAAAGAAUCCCAGGGAACUUUAUUCCCUCUUGAACCAAUUCCAAGUGAAGGGGAAAACUUGUCACUGCUCUUCUGUCUUAAUGGUUCUGUCCAGGGUUCAAAGAUUGAGCAUCCUUUACUGUCUGGAUGCAAUGAUACAUUGUAUGAGUUUGAUCAGAACCCUCCUUUGCUGGUGGAUGCCUGGUUGGUCCCACUCCUCUUUUCUCUCAUCAUGCUGGUGGGACUUGUGGGUAAUGCACUGGUCAUCUAUGUAAUAACCAAGCACAAACAGAUGAGGACAGUGACUAAUUUCUAUAUUGCCAACCUUGCCACGACAGACAUCACCUUCCUAGUAUGCUGUGUUCCCUUUACUGCUACACUUUAUCCACUGCCCAGCUGGGUGUUUGGAGAUUUCAUGUGCAGAGGAGUGAGCUAUCUGCAGCAGGUUACCGCACAGGCAACCUGCAUAACACUUACUGCGAUGAGCGUCGACCGUUGCUAUGUAACAGUGUAUCCACUCCAUUCACUACGUCAUCGCACACUUCGCUUAGCCAGGGCAAUCAGCCUGGGCAUUUGGUUAGGCUCCUUUGUUUUAUCCAUUCCGUUUGCAAUGUACCAAAAACUGAGUACUGGAUACUGGUAUGGACCACAGACCUACUGCAUAGAGGACUUUCCAACGGUUGUUCAUCAGAAAGCUUUAAUUUUAUAUACAUUUCUUGCAGUAUAUCUUUUACCACUGCUGACUAUUUGUAUAUGCUAUGCCUUCAUGCUGAAAAGAAUGAGCAGGCCAAUUGUGGAGCCCAUUGACAAUAACUAUCAGGUUCAGCUCCUGGCAGAAAGGUCUGAGGCAGUGCGAACAAAGAUCUCUAAGAUGGUGGUGGUGAUAGUUCUGCUCUUCACCAUCUGCUGGGGACCGAUACAGCUUUUUAUUUUGUUCCAAGCAUUUGAUUCUAGUUUUGAGAAAAGCUAUGAAGCGUACAAACUGAAAAUAUUUGCUCACUGCAUGUGCUAUUCCAAUUCCUCUGUUAAUCCAAUUGUAUAUACCUUCAUGGGAGCAAACUUUAGGAAAUCCUUCAAGAAAGCCUUUCCUUUCAUAUUCAAGCCAAGAGUUGAGGGGAUCUCUGGAGCAGCUGGUAAUACUGAGAUGCACUUUGUGUCAUCAGGAACCUAACAGUGCUCAUAAAGGGCUGUGAUGCCUAUGGAUCAUUUCCCGUUUUUUGGUGCAUAAGAGAAAGAUAGCUAAAGGUGUGGAAGAUCAAAGAAAAUGUGUGAUAUAACAAGAAAUGUUCAUUCUUAAUGUAUCAGUCAUGGCUGUAUAGUAUAUCUAUAUUUUAUGUAUUAUAGGCCUAAUUCAAGGUUGAUUGCAAAAGCAAAAUCUUCCUCUAAUGGGCAUGUGCACUGCAGGUGGGGCAGAUGUGCACUGCAGGUGGGGCAUGUGCACUGCAGGUGGGGCAGAUGUAACAUGUGCAGAGAGAGUUAGAUUUGGGUAGGUUAUAUUGUUUCAGUGCAGGGUAAAUACUGGCUGCUUUAUUGUUACACUGCAAUUUAGAUUUCAGUUUGAACACACCCCAUCCAAAUCUCUCUCUGCACAUGUUACAUCUGCCCCCCUGCAGUGCACAUGGUCUUGCCCAUUAGAGGAAGAUUUUGCUUUUGCAAUCAAUCUUGAAUUAGGGCCAGUGAGUGGUAAUAUGCUUCUUUAAGUUGUAUCGGUAUGUCCUAUAUAAGACUAGCUGGCAUUGUUAUCUGUUGAUGAGCAUCUCAGUUUAAUAUAAAAAAAAAACACAUUGCUGUCAUGCAUUGAAUGGUUCUUUCCCAGUUACUGUACAUAAUUUAAAUGAACGAUCGAAAAUGACAUUAUCCGAAAUUAGUUAAAAUAUUUUAAAUAGAUGCUGUUUAUUAGUGUGUGAUUCCUACUUUAUGUACAGUAUGUGAUUGUGUGCAGUCUUCUGUAAAGAUUGUCUCUGUAUAGGUGUGUGUAAUGCCUCAGUGAAUGUAUUACCCCUUAAUGGGUGUGCUGAAACACUGUCCACACAGCAAUAUCUUGUCUCAGGAGGAAGCUGGUCAGGGAAGCGAUUAAUACCAAUAAACAACAAUAUUAAAAAGGAGCUAUUAUGGACUGCUGCUUU